AUGCAUGCACCGGCUCGCAAGCUACCACGACGAGAAUACACUGACCACCACACCUCAGGAGCAGCAAGGCAGAGGCCUGUCCGCAAAGCGUCACUCAGAUCUUUCACUAGAGACAACUGCACGAAAUCCGCUGCUGCGCAGACACCUCGUGUGCUCCAGCGGGAUAGGGUGGCAGCAGCACCUGCGGAAACAUGCCAGCAGCUCCCUGGGGAGGCCCUACCCACGGGAAGGCGUCCAAGCGUUGCUGCUGCUGUUGCAGCAACAGGUGUUGCUGCAGCUGCUGCUGCAACAGCUGUUGCUGCUGCAAAUGGUGCUGCUGCUGCAAAUGGUGCUGCUGCUGCAGCUGCAAAUGGUGCUCCUGUGAAAGAAGCCGCGACGUCAGCGGCUGCUGGGGCGGCAGGGAUGGCUGCGGCUGCUGCAGUCGCUGCUGCGAACGCUUCAGCUGCAGCAGCAGCUGCUGCUGCUGUCGCAUUUCAGAGACACCGAGGCGCCCCUCCUCCUGUGCGUGAGCAGCAUCUCUCUGCAUGCCUUCAAGGAGCGGCGAGGCUGUGUGAGACUGCAUCCCCUCCUUUAGGCCCUCUACCAGUGGCGUUGUUGGAUCGCUCAACACUCGCAGCUCCUUCUCGCUGUGGGCGUAAGGGCAGCGGGAGCCGUAGAGACACCCACGGCCUCCUUGCUCUCGAGCAAACCUGA